AUGUCACCGAAUCCCCCUAGUCUUCAAAUACAAUACUGUUAUAGGCCAAUUCGUACUGCUGCCCGACCUGAACCACCUGUAUCAGCUUGUAGAGAUGUGGAUCCUGACUGCAGUCGUAUAUUCUAUCUUUCACCGCAAGACAGGAAGAACAAUUUGAAUGAAAGUAUGGAUUAUAGAAUAUCAUCAAGAUGCUACAAGAAAGAUUUUCUGCACUUCGCAAUUAAGCGAUGUCCAUCGACCUGCGCAUUUUGUUGUAAAUUGCCUCAAUUUGACUGUUCCGAUGGUUCAUUUUUGCUUCUUCCUUUUUAA